AUGCGGGCCGGGCGAAGGCCAGGGCUGAUGGAGAGCGAGGAGGAGGGGGAGGAGGAUGCGGACGACGAUUCGGAGACGGAGGAGGAGGAGGAGGACAGCGACGAGUCGGACACGUGGUGCGCGUACUGCUGCGAGCCGCCUCGGCUGCAGAGCAUCUGCGCCUUCUUCUUCGCGCUUAUGAUAUUCUCCGCGCUGCUCGUCGCACUCUUCAGCGCCGCCGGCUUAAUAAACCCCGUCAAGGAUUGGUUGCCGCCGCCGGCGCAGCCUCGCCGCAACAGUCCUCCUCGGCCCGUACAAGAGAACGAGCCGCGAACCAUAGGAGUGUUUCCGUUACUGCCGGCGAGCGACUCGGAGCAGCUGGCGGCGCUGCAGCGGCAGCUCGAGCACCAGCAGAAGCUCCUCGCGGCGCAUCGCCAGAACGAGCAGUCGUCGGCGCCGGGAUCCACGGCGCCAUCUGCGGCGUCAUCCACCCCGCAACAACCGCUCCUGCAGACACCGCACCAGCGGCGCAGGGGGGACGCGCGCACCGCGCCGCUGCAGCAGUUCCAGAAGCUUCGCCCGUUCGGUAUCGGCGCGCAGGGGCAGGCGCAGGCGGUUGGCGCGGAGCAGCGCGCGGGGGAGCUGGGGAAGGCGGAGGGCGCGGAAGAGGCGGGGGCGCAGAGGGGAGAGGGGGAAGCAGGGGGAUCCGCGCAAGCGAGCGCGGUAAUGGAGUCCCAGCAGCAGGAGCAAGCGGAGGAGCAGCAGGUGCUGAUGCAGGAACAGCAGCAGCACGCGCAGGCGCAAGGCGCAACAGCGGGGGAAGAACAAGCUGAGCGCGCGGAGGAGGCGCAGGCGCAAGGCGGGGCGCAGGAGUUCCGCGUAGAGGGCCUGGGAGAAAUGAGGGGCGCGGAAGGCGCAGACGGAGAGACAGGCGCAGGCGCAGGCGUAGGCGCGAGGGGGAGUGCGCGCGUGAGCGUGGUGCCGUCGUCUCUGCCUGUCGUUGACUUGUUCUCGAAGCUCGACCCUACGACCGCGCGCACCGUCGCCAAGCUGUCGCCUGCGACCAUCACGUGCGACAAGGCCGUUCCGCUCGCUGCUGCGAACGCGCCUGGCGGGGGACAGCACAGAGCGGCGCGGCUGCCCAACUGCGAACCUCCCCCCUCCGAUACGCCAUGGCUCCGCCCCUCCGCUUCCGCCGCCGCCUCCGCCGCCGCCGCUUCUGCUGGUAACUUCCGUGGCGUUUCCGGUAGUGGUGGUGGGCAGGGGGCAGCAGCAGGAGGAGCAGGAGCAGGUUUAGCCGCGGAGCAAUCAGGGUGGCCGUACCUGUUGAUGCAGGGGCGGCCGGCAGGGCUGGUGGCACAGGAGCAGGCGCUGCUGCGCGCCGUGUGGGUGGCCAAGGCCGUUGGCGCCGUGCUCGUGCUGCCACCGCUGGUGACACGGGCAACCACCGGUGCUGUGGAACAGCAGGUGGAGACGCAGGAACAGGGGCAGGGGCAGCAGGGGCAGCAAGGACAGCAGGGGCAGGCGCAGCAGGGGCAGCAGGGGCAGGCGGGACAGGAGGGGCAGCAGGGGCAGCAGGAGGGUAAGGAGCAGGGAGUGAAGGAGACGGGGAUGGAUAGGCUGUUCAGCACUCACUUCUUCAUCACUCAUAUGUACUGCUCAUCAGGAAUCUGGGUGGUGCCGCAGCUUCCCGGAAGCGUCUGGGACCGACUGCCCACAGGGGUGUCAGGAGAUGACGUGGACGCCUUGCUGGCGCUGCCAGGUGGCAUCGCGCAGCGCAUUCCACGUGGCAUAGUGGCUGCCAGCGGGGAUGCUGAGAGUGCAGCACUGGCGGAGUGGUUGCAAUCCAUGGGCCGCAAGACCAAGAAGGGCGAGGUCCGACUGUUAAUAUACAACUCCUCAGACCCCAUCUCCUUCACCACCUCCCAGCAACCGCAGCUGCAGCAACAGCAGCAGCAACAGCAAUUGCAGCAGCAGCAGCAGCAGCAGCAGGGGAGAGUCAGAAAGAACGCACUGGCAGCACUGCGAGUGGUACCGCCUGUAGCAUCAGUGACGACACAGCUGCUGCACCUCCUGCGCAAGGCCUACCAGGCCCGCUUCUCCGACCUCUCCCGCUUCCACUUUGCCGCCCUGCACUUGACGCUCGAGGCCCCACCACAGCCCGAUGCAACAGGAGGGUCGGCAGGAGCUGCUCUCGCUGCUGCAAGCCUGCAGGCAGCUCGUGAGGCACUCUUGACUCUCCUGGACCCGUCCAGAACGCUGCUCUAUGUCAUCAUUGCCCCCGUGCCCCACCGCACGGCCAUUCUCCGGGAGCUCGCAGAGUCGUACCAGGUGGUAACCAGAGAUGACCUCAUCAGUGACGUCAGCAGCCGGUUUCCCGAGGGCGAGGUGCAGACAGCGUUGGAACAGGGUGUUGCGAAGGAAGCGGCGGUGUUCAUGGGUUCGUCUGCGGAUGCGUUUUCGAGGUUUGUGUUUGAGCUGAGGUGCUUCACGCGCCCGCUGCUGGGCCGGUCGCAACGAGCCACUGUGUUCUAUGACCUUGGCUUGUCUGUCGCCCCGUGCCGCGUGGAUCUCUAG